AAUUUAUUCAGAUUUUCAGUUUUCCAUCUAGCAGCAGCUCCCUUUAGAAAUCGACAUUCUCGUGUAAUAAAGCUCUUCACUAAAUCUACGAGCCACAACUGCAGUCAUACCAACUAGCGUGCAGUCUGUGCAGCCUGCGUCUUUCACUGUUCACUAUCCGUUGAUAUACCCCGCCUCUAUUGACUUCAGGGAGGGUCAGACAUCUCCAAAACGCGGCCAGUACCAACAAUUCUUCUACAUCAUGGCAUACAUGCCUCGUACUGCUUCCAUGUUCCCUCCCGGAUCCUCGGCCACAUCCUCGUUCCGCCAGCCAAACCAACAAUCUACAACAAUCUCACAGCAACAGUCUUCGGUCCUAGCAACCCGCAUUGCAGCAAAAAGGGCUGAGCUGGACAAUCUGAGGCAGCUUCGUGAUAUGAGUGCAGCACUGGCCUCGCAGAUGCAGGCUUUGCAGGACAAGCUUGGGACCCUCAAGGAUGGCACAGAAGCUGUCGCUUGUGUCCUUGCAAACUGGGAUAAUGUACUGCGGGCCAUCAGCAUGGCCUCGACGAAAGCCGCGAACUUGAACUCACCGAUGGAACACACGCCAGAUUCCACUACCAAAAGACUUCCAAAUGGCUCACCUAUGCCUGCUACUCUGGUACGAAUCCCCGUUUCAAAGCAGGAAGAGCCUCCUAGCCAGUGAAUCACUGUGUACGAAAUACAGGCUCUUGGCUUGGGUCAUGCAUAUUAUGCGUCCACAAACGUCCUUUGGUAGGUAACCCGGUGCCUGUGGACUGGGUCAGAUGUCAUUGGCUUAGCAGGUGAGCUAUCAUCUGCAUGGUCGAGUAUAGCAACGGGAUCCACAGGAGAAUCAUCUACAAAGAGGCCGGGAUCUCGCCGACAUGGAAUCACAGACUACGAGCUGGACAUCGUGGAUAUUCUUGGUCAUCUCUAGCAUUGUCUGAAGCGAUGGUAUUGGAUGCAGAGAGUUCCAGUUGUUUGUGGUAGCGGGCAUCUGGAGCAGGAUGGGGGGGGGGUCGCUUUCUGGUUGCAAAUUGAGCCUCUCCUGGGACUGUUGGAAUAUCACGUAGGGGAACGGUUCCUGGGGAUAGGUUAUU